AUGCAUGAAAAUGGUGCUGUGCUCCCUGCUUCUCUUCCCAACCAGGGAACAACGGUGUAUACCGUGCUAGCCAGAGAUCCCGACACAGGCGUCGGCUCACCAAUAGAAUACAGCAUUAAAAGUUUCUCUGUAGGUGGCCUCUUCGAUAUCGGUGCCAGUUCUGGGAUCAUAACUGUCGUUGCUGAGUUAGAUCGGGAGCAGUAUUUGGAUGGAGUUGUCACUCUGGAAAUAGAGGCAAAGGAGACCGAACAAGAUGUGAACGGCAUGAAUGCAGCUGCAAGUAAUACACUUCAGAUCACUAUCGAGGAUAUAAAUGACGAAAUGCCAAAGUUCUACACCUGCGCCUCAGACGAUGACUGUGCGAGUCAGACUGUGUUCACUGGGAAUAUCGAUGAAAAUUCAGCUGUUGGACUCCCUGUGUUGGGCUUAAGUAUGACGGUGAAAGACAAGGAUAAGGGUGACAACAGUAAGUUCAGCCUAAGUAUUGAAGGCCAAGACAGUGAUGCCUUCACCAUCUCCCCAAGCCUCGCCAUAUCGAGAACCGAUGUCCAAAUUCUGAUGAAGAACCCUGCGAAUGUUGACUUUGAAAAGACCCCGUUCAUUACGUUGACGGUGAUCGCUGUGGAUACCAUGAAACCGACGUUCAAAUCUACAGCCACUGUCACCAUUGCAAUCAACGACCUCAAUGACAACAGUCCUGAAUUCGAACAGGAUACCUACAAACUAGAAGUUGAGGAGCACAGUGCAGCAGGAACAAUAAUAGCAAUCAUCACAGCAACUGAUCUCGACCAAAGCGAUGUUGGGAAUCUUGUGUACCAAUUGUUUCCAGAGAGCAUUCGACAGUACUUUACUGUCGACCCCGCAACAGGACAAAUCACAGUUCAAGAUGGUACUAAGCUGGACAGAGAGGGUCAGAGUUUUUACACUGCCACGUUGCAAGCAAAAGACCCUGCCAACAACAUUGGCACUGCCAACUUGGAGAUCACACUCCUGGACAAGAAUGACAACCCGCCGAUAAUCAGGGAGACAUACAUUGCUUUUGUCAGAGAGAACGCUGCAGACUUGAAAGUGACAAUCCGGGCUACUGAUUUCGAUCAACCUGGCACAGACAACAGCAAGAUCGAGUAUCAAAUUGUACCAGAUGAAUUUAGUAAAUAUUUCAAUCUUGACCAGGACACUGGUGUUUUAACUUUGAAAGACCGUCUGGACAGGGAAGCUUUGGAUGCAAGUUUAAAUGGAGUGAUUAAGCUGAACGUGACUGCUACUGACAAAGGACUUCCACCCCUUGGGACUUGGGUCGAAGUGGAGAUCAAUGUGGAGGAUGUCAAUGACAACAAACCAGUCUUCAAGCCAAAAGAGUAUAACUUUGUUGUGAAAGAAAGUUUGCAAGGUGCUCUCAUCAAUUCGGUGUUUGCCGAAGACCUGGACCAGACAGUGCAGAACAACCGGAUCUCAUUCAGGAUCAUCGGCGGUGGCGCCGGAACCUUCUCUGUCCGUAGCAUCCAGACACCAGACAAGGCAGGCUACUGGGGGAACAUCAGCGUUGAUCAGGACAGCAUGCUGGACUACGAGGAGCGCAAGACGUACGAGUUCACAGUUGAGGCCUUGGACCCGGAGCAGCAGACGGACACGGCCACCGUGCACGUCGCCGUCGAGGACGUGAACGACGAGACUCCGACCUUGAGCACGGGACAAGAGAUGUCAGUGAUUGAGAACACCACCAUAGAUGGAGGGCUGGUCGGUGUGAUCGAGGCCAAGGACGUAGACACCAAACAUGAGCUGAAGUAUGAGCUUCUCAGCACCGAGUGUCCGUGCAAUAAGACUGGUGUGUGCCAGGAGGAAUGGUUCCUGGUGGAGCCGGAAGGACAGGUGAUACUCAAUCCAGAGUAUGAGGUUGACUAUGAAAUGUGCAACGAAGUCCUCUUGCAUGUGCGAGUGACUGAUGUCUUAACAGAGAUCGGCAAGAACAGCAGUGAGGGGACUAUUACCGUCAGAGUACAGGAUAUCAAUGACAACGCUCCAGAGUUCAUCUUUGUGCAAUCCCACUUUGUUGUCGUAGCUGAAAAUACAAAUAAAGACACAUCAGUGGCCCGUGUUUCUGCAACAGACCGUGAUACAAUCGAGGGGAACGUAGCCAUGAAUUUUGAAGUACUUGAAGUACACUUUGUUAACACUAACAAUCAUAGUGAGAAGCAGGACAACAUUUUCAAGACGGUGGAAGAGCCACAAACAUCUAUAAAUCGCUCAGCAACAAUACAAUCUCUCUAUAGCCUUCCCCCUGAUAUGAAAGGGAAAUAUGUGGUCACUGUUCAGGUGAGCAACACAAACGGGCUACGUUCAACUUCAGACGUUGUGAUUUUCACAGUGGACAAGGAGUUCAGAGUCUCCCUCGAAUUCCACACUUCAGUGACAGAUUUCGAGGCGAACGAGAGAGAUAUCAAAUGGGCACUUGAGGCGGCCACUGGAACAACAGUUCAUAUUAUUAACAGACAACCCAAGGGACGAACAAAGCUGAGUGAUGCCAGAGCUACCCCUGUAACUAUUGUGGAGGCCUAUUUCAUCUUCGCUAAUGGCACUGCCCUGAAACACGACACCGUUUUAAACUUGGUGAACGGCAACACAAACCCCGAAUACAGCAACACACUCUCCCAACACGGUCUCGCAGGAGUGAACGCUGGUGAAGAUGAGAGCCAAGGAGGGGCCAACACAGAGAUGUACGUCCUGCUGGCCACGGUGGGAGGCCUGUUUAUUGUGGUGGUCGUCUUGGUGACUUCGUUGUUCUUCAUGAGACGGAACUAUACCAGAAAGCUCAAAGCAUCCAAGGCCAUGAACUCCGCCACCAUGGCCAUAACAGAGAACCAGAAGUCUGGCCCGGUCGUCCCUGGCACCAACAAAUACACGAGGGAAGGAGCAAACCCGGUGCUCAACCUCAACAUUGACAAUGUCACGGACCUGGGCUUUGAUGAAGAGGACUCCAACGACGACAGAGCUAGCCAUCAAAUCAAUUGUUUAUACUGCCUUAAUUCCCUGGACUACAACAUUGAUAUGAACAUGAGUGACAGAGACACUAUGCCAAUGAUGGUAAUCGAGGAGGAAGACGAGGAGAAUGGCUUCGACAACAGUGGCUUCAAUGAGCCGCUGGGCGCUGCACUCGCCCACCGUGGCCAGAGGAGAGCAAGAGAUGUAAGCCCAGCCGUAUCCUUCAACGACCACAAUCCCAGCACCACCGACCUGUAAGGCCCUCGCUGUCUGACACAACAAGGGGAACACAUGCCAACACAAGCACACUCCGCCUAUAGUGCCCCCCUCUCCCCCCCAAAUACAAACAAUGCACCAAAGCAACCAGUUUAGGAUUUGAGGCAUUCACUUUUAAUUUGAAGCAAUUUUCCCAUUUGAAGUCCAAAAGUGCAAGGGCUGGGGAGCUGAGAUCCAGCCAUUGUGUCUAAUAAUACUUCGCUUAUGCAACUUGUGCUCUUUGAACCUUUUGCACAUUUAAGGAAAUUGCAGCCAUGCCAAGCUUGUUCCCGUCAUGGUUUUAUCACGGAAAAGACUUGUGUCAUAUUGCCAACAGCUUCUUUUCCUAGAAGUAUUAGUGCAUUACAAGAGUACCCAGUGCACUUUAAACUGAACUGCUAGGUAGCAUAAAAACAUGACAAGCACAGAUAAAUAAAGUCAUUCUUAUGGCACAUGUAAAUCAUUUUUUUUAUUUUUUUAAAGAAGUAUUUUAAUUAAGAAAAACUUUCAAACUGUGUCUUUGAUAUAUGAUUUUUGUAUAAUUAUUUUCUCAUAUUUAAAGAUAUUAAAAAUCUUGAGGCUUUCCUGACAAUCCUAUUUAAAUCCCAGAUUGUGUGUGUAUAUAUAUAAACUGUAUGUCAGAGAUGUAAAAAUGCUGGAACUCAUUUUGAAAUUCAAAACACUUAAAACAGUAAAGAAAUUUGACAGAAGAAGGAAUCUACAUUCAAAGUCUGAUAAGUUGUCAGUGCCACAGCAGUUGGGUCAAAUUGUGUCAUGUCCUCAAAUGUGGGCUUUGAAUUGUGAGUUGCGUGCAAGUGAACCAUUAAGUUGAGCCAGAUUGAUGAAACACUUUCCACUUGCUUUCCAAUCAAAUGGAUCUAACAGACUGAAUGUGUGCUAUUGUGUACAAGUGAAACAAUGUUAUCACCUCUCUCUGUGCAAUAUGAAUCAAAGGUACAGAAAUAUGUCAACACAUACAUGAUACGUGUCCAAUAA